AUGCACAGUUUGUAUCACAAGGAAUUUUACCCACAAAUAUGGCUAAGAGGCCUAAUAUUCCCCACACCACCAAACAGCAGAAGAACAAUAACCCACCCAAUAGCAGCACCAAUAAGGACAACUAGCAAUCCAACCAGCAGAACUCUCAACCAAAAAGAAUCCAAAACUGAUCAACUUGCCAAGAUCCUGGCUGCCUCCAAGGAAGAAUAUUGUUGUCAUCAGGAAGAACUAGGGAGGAGAGAGGAAGAAGAGUUAGAAAGGGUCAGAAUCAAAUCAGAGGAAGCAGAGAAACUAGAAUGA